CCUGGAGGCUGUGUGGUAUUCAAAUAGGGUGAGUUCUUGAAAUUCCUCCAAACCUACCUGCAGCUGCCUCUGCCUCUCUGCUGAGCUUAGAAAAGCUGGACUUGCAAACUUCGUAAUUUGCCAUCAUAUUCUUCCUCCCUCAUCUCCUCUUGAUUUCUCUCAGUGUGUAUGGGGCAAUGCCAGGCUGGGAGGAUGCAAAAUGUUCUUCCCGUCUUUUUUAAAAAAUAAGAAAAGUUAACAAGGCAUGGACGGGGUAAAGUCAAUGCCAGGAAUCUUUCUCUGGGAACUGAGUGGCUGUGAAGGAAACCUGAGCAGAAAAAAUAGGACCUGACUUCCUCCUUGGAUCCCAGAGCUGAGCAUCAGCAUCAGGGAAGCUCGAUGUAAAGGGUAUCCCUCCUACUGAUGUUAGGUCUUCAAUCAGUACCGAGACAAUGAUAAUCAAAUGAAUGUACUAUAAAGCAGCUCUAAUUUUAGUCUGGUUUGUUAUUGUAAGAGUUCGUAGGGAAGGGUAAAGGGGGAGGUGAAGGCUGCUACAAAUGACUAAUGCUGCAUUUCAGCGUCCUAAGCCAUAUUUAGUGAUGUAGGAUAUAAACAUAAGCUCUCAGUACAAGUUUUCCUAUUUGGCUUCUGUUUCCUUUCUUCUGUUCCUUCUCCCAAAGACAGCUGCAGCUAGGCAGGUAUUUAUUGCUGGCGCUGUGCGGCAGGCACGCCCAGCUCCCCCUAGGGCCGAUCCCAGCAUUUUGCGGCUGUCUGGCCCGUUCCCCCGUGUGGAUGCCCAUGGAUCCUGGCCGUGUGGAUCCCGGCCGUGUGGAUCCGUGUGGAUCCCGGCCGUAUGGAUCCCGGCCGUGUGGAUCCCGGCCGUGUGGAUCCCCGUGGAUGCCGGCAGCUGGAGCGGCCCAGGGCAGCCCCUGUGCCGGGCUGGGCCUUGGCUGGCAGCGCAGGGCUAGGGGAGCUCUGCCCGGGGCCGAGCUGCCGCCGCCGGCUCUGCCCGCGCCUCAGGGCCGGAGCUCCCCGCGCCCCGAGCCUGGAGCCCGCUCAGCGGCACCAGCAUGUCGUGCUUGCCCCGCUUUGCCGGUUUUGGCCAUUGGAUUUGCUUGGGAGUCAAAGUCUGAGUUCAUUAACCUCAACCUCAACCUGCGUGAGGCUUCCAGCAACAUUCUUCCAUACUCUCACUAAAAACAGAUCAAUUACAGCAUAUCCUUUUAAGAAGUUUGAAAUAAAAUAUGCUAAGUAUAUUAAAAAUGUGCCAAGUACGUUACGCCCACUGUCAGUUUCAAUACCAGCAAAUUACCCUGUUCUGCAAGUCAUUGCCUAUCACUAUUCACAGACUAUGUGAAUAAACUUCUAGCUUUCAUUCAUUCUAGGCUCUGGAGCCUGCAGAUGGCAACUUUGGGAAACAACCUUUUGGCUGAGGGCUGUCCCCUCAUUUUUUAAAUGUUCUGCACAAGGGAUGGUUUUUGGGAUCGCUAUUAAUAGGCACCAGGGUAAAUGCCCCUUCUGUGGGAUGCUUCUGGGGGGCUGUUAUCAUUAUUCUCCAACUUUAACACCUCCAACCCACUGCAAAGCUUUCCUCUGUAGCUGUUAUCAGUAGGCUUCAGAGUUAACAUGCCAUCACCCAAGAAGGCUGUUUACUGGAAUGGCUGUUUUUUAAGUUUCCUGAGUGAAGACAAUGCCCCAAGUCUGGAGGAGCUGCCAUCAGUAGGCUCCAAAGCAUCAUCUAAACAAAACUAAAUUGUUAGCUUUGCACUGAUACAGGACACAGAGGAACGCAGGAGUUAAAAAAUGGAUGCAAAAGAUUCAGAUGAAUGCCACCAAGAACACAAGAACUGGUUAGGCCUCAUCAACUAAUGCUGGCAUUUUUAAUAUAAUCCAACAAGAAAUGUGAUUAGCCAGCUGCACUGGUAAUGUAUUAACUCUUGCCAGUCUUCUCAAUAUCUGCUUCACUUAUGGUGAGAGAGAAAGUUCAUAUAUAAUUUUUUUAGUGUAUCAAAGACUGAAAGUGUUAUGAAAACUGCUGGUUACCACUGCAUGAGUACUUGACCAAUGGAAGAAAAUUCUAUCUGUGUGUGUGUCUUUGAAGUUUAAGUGCCCUUCACUCUACAGAUCAGCUUGUGCUAAGGGACUCUUAUGUCUUCUAAACUGGUUUGCCACUUGUGCUGGUUUUGGAUGAAUUGACAUUUGGCGAGGAGGGAUGAAGCCACCCACAGAGAUGAUUUUUCUGGGAGGAGCUGCUAAGCUGUGCUUAGCAAAAACCAAUAGCUGGCUAGCUCUGAGAAUUGACAACCUAUUGAACGAUUUAGAUGCUGGGUCUGUCUCUGUGAAAUCCACAUUUUAAAGAUGGGCAAGCCUGGGAAAUAUCUCUCUUGCUUCCGGCGUUGAAGAGAUAACAGGGUGCUUGCCUCCAGGGAAAGAAGACCUCCGUUUCCAGAGAUGAAGGUGGUCACAGAGAUAGAUGAAGAGAACCUUUGCUUUUGAACAGCUCAUCCUUAAAUAAAGUACCCCAUAAGUUGACAUGACCCAUUAACUCAGUGGUGGGAAGGCUGUGAAAAUGGGAAGAACUUCACUAUUGCAAAUU